UAGCCGAUAAUACUUAAUACGAUUAUUAUUUAUUAAUAUUUAGUAUGGUAGUAGUAGUAGCAGUAGUGCAUGCGGUGAGGAGGGAAAGUCGGCAGUCCAAUGAUCUACAUAACUUUUACUGUUUUAAUAAUAAAUAAUCACGCAUAGUAAUUAAUCGCGAGUUGCGACGCUUCGUUGUCAUUAGUCAUUAUUAAAAUAGUGUUUUUCUCGACGGUUCCAUCAGCUGUCCGUGGCACGUACCCGUGUUUUUAACGACGUCCUACAGUAUUUUUUUUCUUAAUUUUUUUACCCCCUCCCGUUUUGAGACCGUGCUCACCGAGUACCGACACAGUGACACCGCCGUUUGAGGCAUACAAAAUUGUUUCCGCAGUACUGCAGUGGUGCAAUGCAAGUGCAGUACGCUGUGCGCGACAUUUAUUUUGAUGACAAUACCACAGUAAACGUUGUCAGCCGUUCGAUAUCAUUGUUUUGUAAUUAUAUCGUCUUCUGUUUAUAGAUUAUUAUUAAGGUGCCUAUAUCGUCUAUUGUUUAUAGUUCAAUAUUGAGGUGCCUAUAAUAUCGUGGCACCAAGUCGCUCAUUUCCUCCUCUAGGGGAAUAAAUCGUUUUUUUUUUUUUUUUUUUCAAAAAUUACAGCAUAAUAUUAUAACGUAUAUUUAUUGUUAUUGCCAUUGCGUUUUGUUGUUGCCCAGCAAAUCGUACGCUGUCAAACGAACGACACUUACCUACAUCACGAUGUUGUCGAACGCCAAUCGUUUCUCGUCGGCCACGCUCAAAGGAUUUCAAAGCUUAUGUUGCCGAAGCAUUGGAUCCCUUUCACUGCCUAAAAUUAAAGACUUCACUGUAGAAAACGAACCACUUUUAGAAUACUUGCCUGGCAGCAAAGAACGCAAAGAAAUCGAAGCAGAAUUAAAACGUUUGUCUAAUAAUGUGGAAGAUGUACCUAUUAUCAUUGGUAAUGAAAAAUUCAAGACAAAAGAUGUUAGAUAUCAAGUUAUGCCACACAAUCACAGCAAGAAAAUCGCAAAAUUUUACUAUGCAUCAUCAGAUUUAGUAGCAAAAGCAAUUAAAGUUGCUACUGAAGCUCAAACAAAAUGGGAUACUGUGCCUUUGGAAGAAAAGAUAAGAAUUUGGCUUAAGGCUGCUGACUUGAUGGCGACAAAAUAUAGAAUGAAAUUGAAUGCAGCUACUAUGCUCGGUCAGUCAAAAACAGUUAUACAAGCUGAAAUUGAUGCAUCUGCUGAAUUAAUAGAUUUUAUCAAGUUAAAUGCAUUUUUUGCCAAGGAAUUGACAAAAUAUCAACCAAUUAGUGAAAAUAAAAAUGUCACAUUAAACAGUUUGCGUUAUAGAGGUCUUGAUGGAUUUGUUGCUGCUGUGUCUCCUUUUAAUUUUACUGCAAUUGGUGGGAAUUUAGCGUACACUCCUGCUUUAAUGGGAUGUUCUGUUUUAUGGAAACCUUCAGAUACAGCCUUGUUAUCAAAUUGGGUUAUUUACGAAAUCAUGACUGAAGCAGGAGUUCCACCUGGUGUAGUUAAUUUUAUCCCAGCAGACGGUCCUGUAUUUGGUGAUACUAUUACUGCAUCUCCACAUUUAUCGGGUAUCAACUUUACUGGAUCUGUUCCGACAUUUAAUCGACUAUGGACCCAAGUUGGAAAAAACAUUAAUAGCUAUGUUAACUUUCCAAGAUUGAUUGGAGAAUGUGGAGGUAAGAAUUAUCAUUUUGUUCAUCCGACAGCUGAUGUGACAUCUGUUGUUACCGGCACUAUUCGAUCUUCAUUUGAAUAUUGUGGUCAGAAGUGUUCCGCCUGUUCCAGACUAUACGUUCCCCAAUCUUUAUGGCCUAAAAUUAAAGAAGGACUACUUGAACUCCGUAAUAAGUUGAAAAUUGGGGAUGUUAAUGAAUUUGAUUCAUUUGCUUCAGCAGUUAUUGAUGACAAAGCGUUUAAUCGUAUUACUGGAUAUAUUGAACAUGCCAAGAAGUCUCCCAAUUUGGAAAUAAUUGGUGGAGGACAGUACGACAACAGUAAAGGAUAUUUUAUACAGCCAACUAUAGUUGAGACUAAGGAUCCUUUAGAUAAAAUUAUGACUGAAGAAGUUUUUGGGCCCCUAUUGACUGUUUAUGUUUAUAAAGAUUCAGAAGUUGAUAAAACAGUUGAUCUCGUUAUUAGUUCUACACCUUAUGCAUUGACUGGAGCUGUAUUUGCUCAGGACAAGAACUUUUUAAAAAAAUCUCUUGAAACAUUAAAAUACUCAGCUGGUAAUUUUUACCUUAAUGAUAAGUCUACAGGCUCUGUAGUAGGACAACAACCAUUUGGUGGAAGCAGAAUGUCAGGUACAAAUGACAAAGCUGGUGGUCCACAUUAUGUUCUACGAUGGACGUCACCUCAAUCUGUUAAAGAAACAUUUGUACCGUUGACCGAAUGGAAAUAUCCUUACAUGGAUUAAUAAUGUACUGGUUUAAACAAGAUCUAGUAUUUUGCUAUAUGUUCACUAUAACACUAGGAAAACUGUGAUAUCGAUUGAAUCCCAUACUACUAAAGUACUAAUAAGAUAGAAAAAAAGAAGCAAUUCCUUUAUAUUUUAUAGGAUAAAUACUAUUUAGAGUUUUUUAAAAUAAUCUGAAAGAAUCUUUCAAGUUACACAUACAAAGUAUGAGAGAUUCAAUUAAAAAUAAUUUUUUUUUAAAUUUAUUAAUUUUUUUCCAUCUUAUUGAUAUUAAUAUUUUUCCUACUGUAAUGUUGAUACACCCAUUUUUGAAUCCACUGGCUAAUCUUUAGCUUUAGUAUUAUUACAGUUUUGAAAGUAUACUGAACUAAACUGUUAAUUGUAAAUAGUGAUGUUCAUCACUAUAUGAUGCUGACCGAUAUUGGUCUGAUAAAUUUAUAUUUAACAAUAAUGUUUGUUUAUAUUAAACUUUAUAAUUUAAAUCUGGUUAUUAAUUUAGUGAUGAUAAAAGGCCUAGUAAUGUGUUAAUUAUAUUAAAAACCAGAGAAUUCUUGUAAUUAGAGAAUAAAUGUAUUUAUAUCAUUGAAAUA